ACCUUUUGUUUCGGAAUUUACAUAGAACAAACGAAGAGAAGAAAGCUUAGACAAACCAGUCCUCGAUCUAUCUAUCUAUUUUCACAAGAUUUAUCGCUUGUAUUCUCCAAAGUGAAUCUUGUACAGACUUGGGACACUAAUGGAAACUCAUUUGUUUCACAGCUAUAUUGAGGAUCUAAAAAUAAUUAGGGACCAGUUCGAGACUUCCAUGACACAGAUUUCUUCAUCUUCAUCUUCAUCUUCAUCUUCUGGUCGGAGACAGACAGGGUAGAAAGGCAGAGUUCAUCAGACUUGAGAGAUCGAAAAGAAAACUCCUUUCCUGUUUUCACACACAACAUAACCUCAACAACAAACACUGCAAUUAGCACCCAAAAAAGGGAAAGAAAAAGAAGAAGAAAAAUGGCAGAGAAACAAGAAAACCCUACAACAGCAGCCCCAGCAAAGCCUACAAUAACUCUUCCACCAAGACCAUCUAUGGAGACCCUUUUCACAGGUGGUCUAAGUCCUGGUCCUAUGACUCUAGUCUCCAGUUUCUUCGCUGACACGCCCUACCCUGAAUCUGAUUACCCUUCUUUCUCUCAACUUCUUGCUGGUGCUAUGGCUUCUCCAAUUGCCCGGCCUGCUUUUUUCACUGACAAUUUAAUACCCAACAACAACAAUACUAAUACUAAUACCAAUACUAAUACUAAUACUACCACUACUGCUAUUCCUUCUUCAAAAGAAGAUGGUAUUAAUUGCAAUAGCAAUCUGGGUUUUAAGCCAAGUAGGCCUACGAAUUUGGUGGUGGCUCGCUCUCCAUUGUUUACUGUCCCUCCUGGCUUGAGCCCUUCUGGUUUGCUUGACUCUCCUGCCUUCUUUUCUCCUCGGAGUUCCUUUGGAAUGUCCCAUCAGCAGGCCUUGGUGCAGGUUACAGCUCAAGCUGCAUUAUUUGCCCAAUCUCAAAUGCAUAUGCAAGCUCAAUAUCAGCCUUCUUCAGUAACAGCAGCUAAAGAGUUGUUGACACAAUAUCCAUCCUUUAACCCUGGUGAAGCUUUGCAACAGCAGCAGCUGAUGCCACCCUCAACCUCUGAUGCGCAGAAUUCCAUGGUGGAACCAGCAGAGUUUUCUCAUUCUGAAAGGAAAUACCAACCUCCUGCUGGUGAUAAACCUACUGAUGAUGGUUACAACUGGCGUAAAUAUGGUCAAAAGCCUAUCAAAGGUAGUGAAUAUCCAAGAAGCUACUACAAAUGUACACAUCUAAAUUGCCUAGUAAAAAAGAAGGUUGAGCGUUCCAGUGAUGGCCAAAUAACUGAAAUCAUCUACAAAGGUCAGCACAACCACGAUCAACUCAACAAGCUUUCAAAAGAUGGUGAUGAUUCAAAUGGAAGUAUUCAUUCUCAGUCUAAGCCUGAAGUUGUUUCACAAGCUCAUGCUGGUAAUGUAAACAAGUUGACUGAAACAUUACCUGCUCAUUCAGUAACUAGGAGGGAUCAGGAAUCUACUCAAGCAGAUCCCUCAGAGCCACCUGGAUCAAGUGACAAUGAGGAAGCAGGUAAUGCAGCUGUGCAAGAAGAAGAGAGGGGUGAUGAUGAGCCAAUCCCAAAGAGAAGGCAAAUAGAUGUUGUGACAUCUGAGGUGACUUUACCACACAAGACCAUCACAGAACCAAAAAUCAUCGUCCAAACUAGAAGUGAAGUUGAUCUUUUGGAUGAUGGCUACAGGUGGCGCAAAUAUGGCCAGAAGGUGGUCAAAGGGAAUCCUCAUCCAAGGAGCUAUUACAAAUGCACCAGUGCAGGAUGCAAUGUUCGUAAGCAUGUUGAGAGGGCCGCAGCUGAUCCCAAAGCUGUCAUAACUACAUAUGAGGGAAAGCAUAACCAUGAUGUCCCUGCGGCUAGAAACAGCAGCCAUAACACAGCCAACACUAAUGCAGCACCAUUGAAACCUCAGAAGGUGGUGGCUGAGAAGCAUCCCAUGCUCAAAGGAAUGGAUUUUGGCAACAAUAACCAGAGACCACUGCUUCUACAACUAAAAGAAGAGAAAAUUGCUGUAUAAAAUACUCUGCUGAUACCUGCUAGACAAUUACAUCGUUCUAGCCAACUAACAUGGUACAAAGAAGAAACAUGGAGAAGAAGAAAAUUAUUUGGAGUCGUGAGAAUCCAGAGAUAAUGGUUUUGUUCCUGUAUCUGCUUUGUUGCUGUUACUUUUUUGGGAUAAAAUGUAGUGAUAAUAGUUGCUGCAUCUGUUGACCAUUUUUGUCAAGAAAUAUUGUAAGUGCUGCUGUAUAUGAUUGAUUGUUCACGCCCAAGUGAAGAUGACAAGAACUAAUGUUUAAAGAUAA